AUGUUCGGCCCAUUCGAGUUCGAAUCAUCUCUACUUAUAUUGGCUGCAGUCACUUUGAUUUCCUUCUCCUCCUUCAUUGUCUUCGUUCUUCGCAAGGACUCUAGAGGGACAAAACUCCCUCCAGGGUACCUAGGACUCCCCAUUAUUGGGGAGUCCUGGAGCUUCUUCCAAGCUCAGAGAAAGAACACAGGGUCUGAAUGGAUUAACGAAAGGGUGGCCCAAUAUGGCCGUGUGUUCAAGACAUCCCUAUUGGGCUCUCCCACAGUGGUUGUUACAGGUAGAGAAGGUAACAAGUUCUUGUUCACUGCAGGUCAUGGAGUGCUCUCGGCGAAACAACCGUUACCAAUCAGAAAGGUUGUGGGAGAGAAACAACUCUUUGAGGCCCCGGAAAACAGGUAUAAGCUUGUAAAGAGUGCAAUGAUGAGCUUCUUAAGGCCUGAAAACCUUCAAGAAUACAUAGGAAUUAUGGACGAUUUGGUGAAAACUAGAUUAUUAAGUGUAACGAAAGGGAAGGAUAUGAUCAAGGCCGUCCCUCUUUUGAAAGAUCUCACGUUCAAUGUUUCAUGUUCUCUACUAUUCGGAAUACACGAUGAGUGUACCAAAGCAGCUUUAUUUGAGGACUUCUCAGAAGCAUUCAAAGCGGUGUGGUCCAUUCCUAUAAAUUUCCCAGGCACCCUCUUCCGGCGGGGUAUUAAAGCACGUUCCAGGAUAGACCGGCGGAUGUUGCCGAUUGUAAGGAUGAGAAAGGAAAUGCUCAUGAAUGGGUUCUUGCAUGCCAAAAGCGAUGUGAUUUCAUCCAUGAUUGCAUUGAAAGACGAAAAUGGAGAACCAAUCACAGAACAAGAGAUUAUGGAUAAUGUCGUUCUGCUGGUGAUUGCCAGCCAUGACACAACGGCCAAUCUCCUGAGCUUGAUGAUGUGGAAGCUGGCUAGAGAUCCCAUGAUUUACCAGAAAGUUCUCCAAGAGCACAUGGAGAUUUUGAAGGAGAGAGAAACACAGGGAGGAAAGCUUACAUGGAGUGAAGUUCAAAAGAUGAAAUAUACAUGGAGAGUUGCACAAGAGCUGAUGAGACUCAUCCCUCCUGUCUUAGGUAGCUUUAGAGAAGCUCUUCAAGACACCAGCUUUGGUGGCUAUGACAUUCCUAAAGGAUGGAAGCCUUCGGUUGAAGACAGAAAAGCAUUCGGCUCUUGGAGAGUGCUCCAACCGUCGAGAGGAAAGCAAGAUGUAUUUGUCUCUCCCUCUUGUUCAAAUGGAUCUUUUGGACACUUCAAUGUCAUAUGGAAGCGGAUUGGCUGGGACUCUGGAGGGACGAAACUCCCUCCAGGGUCCCUCGGUCUCCCCAUAAUCGGCGAGUCCUGGAGCUUCCAUCAAUCUCAGAAGGACAACAAAGGAUCUGAAUGGAUAAACGAAAGGAUGGUCUGCUACGGUCGCGUAUUCAAGACAGCCCUAAUGGGCUCUCCCACAGUAGUUGUCACAGGUAGAGAAGGUAACAAGUUCUUAUUCACGGCGAGUCAUGAAGUACUCGCGGCAAAACAACCGAUGUCGAUCGUGAAGAUUGUAGGAAAGAAACAACUCAACGAGCUACCGGAAAACAGGUAUAAGCUUAUAAAGGGCGCAAUGAUGAGCUUCUUAAAGCCCGACAACCUUCAAGAAUACAUAGGAAUUAUGGAUGAUUUGGCACCAUCUUCUGGCGGGGAAUUAAAGCGCGUUCCAGGAUCAACAGACGGAUCUUGCCGAUCGUAA